UUGGUUCUCAUACUCCACAGAUGUGAAUGGAUGACUUUUGGUCCCAUGAUCUCCCGUAUAUGACAAACCCGAGUCCGCUCCGUGCUCAAUUUUUCCGUGUCGGAACAAACCCUAGCUCCUCAACCCCGAACAAAACCGGAAGGAGUCCACUCUCCCGUCUUCUUCUUUCCUUCCCGAGCCUCCUCCGACGUACGGACACAGACGACGGCGAACGCCUUUCUUCUCCGGCCAUCAGAGGCACUCUGAUUCUUAAUCCCCGGCGACUUUUCCCUCUGCUCCUGUGCUUCUACUGGGGAAGCUAUGCGGGGAAGCAGCAGCAGUGGCAAGGAGUGAUUGGCUUCACCAGAAACCAACGUUUGAGAUUUGCAUUGCUAAUUCUUCUUCUUGAAUAAAAAAGUUACAUAUUAAAAUAAACGAACAGGGGGCAUCCUGCAACCGAAUGCAAAUUGGUUUAACGCAGUGAAAUGUGUAACUAAGCUAAACAACGCUUGGGGGACAUAUGAGCCAAACCAUCUUCCUUCCAGACAACUGGAGCUAUGAAGUUGGGCGUGAAGGGGAUGAUUAUGGUUCUCUCCCCCUCUAAUUAAAUGAAUAAUGGCUCAUCUGUACGAGUGAAAGACCCCACUGAGGCUUGCAGCAUACAUAUAAAAUGUCAAACCGGAUGAUGACCAAAACAAUGAUUAUUUCUGCCUAUUGAUGGAAAAAAUAUUAAUGGUUUUUUUUCUUUUUUUUUAACCUUCAUUUUUCAGCCCACUGUCCUCCAUCUGCGUUUUCAUUUCGGUAAAGAGGGAUCCAAUGAAGGAACUGUUUUAUUUAUUUAUUUAUUUAUUAUGAUUGAGGUAGUUUGGAUCAGUCAUUUGGACCUUCUAAGCGAUAGCAAAAUGGAGGCAGGCUGAGUUAUUGCAGAAAUUGAACACGCUCAAAUCGCUGACUUGGUAACAAUAACCCCCCCUGGAUGCAUAAAGAUACUGCUGGGUGUCGCAGCAAAUCAUUCUGGGGCAAAUAAAGAAAUAGCUAUGAUCUAAAGAAAACUGGUUCUCCAAUACACUGCUUGUUUACAUUGACCAAUUUCUCACUUUUGCUUUCCCUGUCGUCAAUUCUGACCCCAACCAACAUGUAAAAGCAAAAACUAAAUAAAUCAAGAAGUUAAAAUGUUUCCAAAAAAAAAAAAAAAUCUUCAGCGAUCAUUUUAUAAACGACUGUUGAUCCUAUCAUAAGAAGCAACUUCUGUCAUGUGGGUCUUUCGUUACAUCUACCCCAACUUAUUCAGAACGAGUGGAAGCCUACUACUAUAAAAGAAAUAUUGCCACGCACUGUAGUUGGGCCACUGCAUGAUACGUGUAUUAGAUUGUGCUUGCGCCCAUCUUUUAUUUUCUUCAUGCGUUUGUGCGCAAUAAUUGCUGUGCGUGUGGAGAAAAUUGUGAACUCGUCUAUGUUCUAAUUACAGGAUUCUGGUGCAACCGCCAACUGCUAUGCGUUAUGUUCUAGGAUAAAUUAACAUUUUUUUAUCUUCAUUCUUCUUGUCUUGUUGACGUAUCUUAUAACCUUUUUGUUAAGUUGGUCACUUAAACGCUUUUUCAUUUUUUAGGAUUGUGUAUCUGUGUCUCUCGUGCAUGUGCAUAGAAAAAUACCUGUUGACAGGGACCCCCUGUUAAUUUAGUUGUUCAGUCUCUACACUCUGAUCUAUUGAUCUGGGUAAUCCUUGUUUGGAGUUAAAAAUGCAUGGUUGCUUAUGUCUCUCAUGCAUUGCUAGGCUGUAGUUUUCACGAGUUUGUAAUCUUGAAGUGCUUAAUCAGAUAUGGAUUACCUUUUUUGAAUGCAGGUUUGCGACUCCUUAGGAGUGAAUUCUUGGCAUUCCUCAUACUGGGUGAAAGAACUGCAUUGCAGCUUCCCGUUGCCUUCUGUUUGCAUAUAUUUUUAUGCUGCUAGUUCAGCAUGUCCAAUAAUCUAGUGUCGCAGCAGUUACCAGUAUCAACUCAACAAAUGGGUCAGAUGGAUCCCAUUUCCAACUUAUUGGGUACGUCAAUACCGAACUUGCAAAUGGGACCAAUGGGCUCCUUGUCUGCCAAUCCUUCUGCAUCUCGGCAGUUGUCAAUAUCAGACAACCAAAUGGGUCUACCCCUAUCCAAUAGUCCUGCAAUGAACAAACAAAUGGAACAGAUUGAAGCCAAGGUAGAUAGUUUUGGUUCACAUCAGUUCUCUGUGCCAGUUAAGCAACAUGCCCAGAUGGAAGAAGUUAUGGCUAAUCCUGGAUCAAAUAAACGAAGAGCACCAAUAGACUCAAUGUCCAACAAUCCUGCAUCCCAACAAUUUUCAAUGUCUAACAAGCGGAUGGCUCAAAUGAGGCCUUUUUCUGGUACACUGGGGCUACAGUCCUUUCCUGUACCAAAUAAAAGGACCACACAGAUGGCAUUCAUGCCCAAUGCUCCAGGAUCACAGCAUUUGGCAACACCAAGAAAGAAAACAGGGCAAAUGGAAUCAAGUCUCAGUAAAUCUGGGGCACAGCAAGUAAUGACUCCUAAAAGUCGAGGCACACAAAUGGGAUUGUCUCCCCACAAUCAAACAGAAUCAUUUGAAUCUGUGAGGUCGAAGAUGAGGGAAUCACUGAUUGCGUCACUUGCCUUGGUUUCUCAGCAGCAAGAUAAGCCACCAAAUAUUGAAAAAGAUACUGAGACUCAGCAAGAUAAAUCACCAAGUCUAGGAAAGGACUCUCAGAGUGAGACUGCAAUUGCUCCAGGUCUAACACAGGGAAGUCUUGAAGCUGCUGAAAAUUCAUCAGAAAAGCCUAUGGGGACUUUGCCUUCCAAAGAUUAUUAUAACUCUCAGAAGCCCAGUGAUGGACAAAAUGUAUCUCAGGAAAUAAUUACCGCAGAAAACACUGUAAAUUCUACAGACACACGGAGAGGCAAUGUGCAAAACUUUCAACCUACUACAGCUCUGCCUGAUGUAGAUGUUUCUUUUAGUGAUGGCUUCUUUGCUAAAGAUGAACUUUUGCAGGGAAAUGGACUGUCUUGGGCUGUGGAUAUUGAUACAGGGAUGGCAAAACCCAAGGAAAUUCAAGCCCCCCAAAAGCAGAAGUUGGUAGGUGAGGAAGUAGUAGAAGAAGUGAGGGGAAAAGCGGUUCAGUCUCCUCAAACUUUGGCAUUUGAAAUUGAAUCAGAACUCUUCAAGUUAUUUGGAGGUGUAAAUAAGAAGUAUAAAGAAAAGGGUAGGUCUCUUUUGUUCAAUUUAAAAGAUCGUAGUAAUCCAGAGCUGAGAGAAAGAGUCAUAGCUGGUGAAAUUUCCCCCAAACGGCUAUGUUCUAUGACUGCAGAGGAACUUGCUUCAAAGGAGCUUUCUCAGUGGCGAAUUGCAAAAGCAGAAGAGCUUGCUCAAAUGGUAGUUUUGCUUGAUACAGAAGUUGAUGUCAGACGUUUGGUUAAGAAAACACACAAGGGUGAGUUUCAAGUAGAGGUCGAACAAGAUGAUAGUGUUUCAGUGGAGGUUUCCGUUGGGGCAAAUGCACUUACUCAAAUGCGAGCCAAAAAAAAGGAGAAGGAAGCUCGGCCUGCUUCUAAAUCUGAUGGAGCAAAGGAUGAAACAAAUGGUACAAGUGAAAAGAGUAAUUUAGAAGACCAGAACAAUUCAUCUGCCAUUACAAUUAUUCCUAAUGAGGGAACUGAUUUAAUGCAAGGACUCAUGGUAGAUGAAUUGAAAGAUGCAGAAUUUCUUCCUCCAAUUGUAUCUCUGGAUGAAUUCAUGGAGUCCCUUGAUUCAGAGCCACCAUUUGAAAAUAUACCUCUGGAUGCUGGGAAAAAAAUGCCUGUUUCAGACAAGGUCAAUUCUGAAAUUGGCUCUGAAUUGAAGUCUUCUGAUCUAGCUUCUAAUGCUCCUGUUGAUACCACUCCAGACAAGCCUGAGAAAAUGGAAGAAUCUAAUGCAGGUUCAGAUAUGAAUGUGAAGUCCAGUGAAAUUCAUUUGCAAUCAGAAACCCUCAUUCCUAGUGGGGCUUCUAUGGGUGAACAUUUCUGGGAAGGCUUACUUCAACUGAAUGUCUCGGCUGUUGCUACAGUCAAUGGCUUCUUUAGAAGUGGUGAAAAAACAUCCACCAAGGAGUGGCCUAGCUUUCUUGAGAUCAAGGGGAGAGUCAGACUUGAUGCCUUUGAAAAGUUCAUCCAAGAGCUUCCCAAUUCGCGGAGUCGUGCUAUCAUGGUUAUUCAGUUUGUUUCGAAGGAAGGAUCCCCAGAGAGUGAGCGCGAGGCCCUUUCUGAGGUGGUAGAGUCAUACAUCUUGGAUGAGAGGCUGGGGUUUGCCGAGCCUGCCCCUGGGAUUGAACUCUAUUUCUGCCCCCCUCACACAAGGACACUUGAAUUGUUGAGCAAGCACCUUCCAAAACAAUACACAGAAACACUGAAUGCUUCUGACAAUAGCCUAAUUGGUGUUACUGUAUGGAGAAAAACUAACUUGAGUUCAACAAUUUCACCAAAGUCAUCUUCGCACUUCAAACAUGGCUCUAGAAAGCCACAAUAUUCUAGGAGACAGCAAGAGAGAGAAACAAACAUGAAUGCCAAUUUCUCAUCCAGACCUCCCCAACACAUGGGCCCUUCUUUCACCAAUCCUAAUCUACCACUCAAUGAUGACGAUGGCGACGAUGAUAUUCCUCCUGGGUUUGGCCCUGCCACGGCCCGGGAUGAGGAUGACCUACCUGAGUUCAAGUUCUCUGGUGGAUCUAACCCACCAAUGAUGCAAUCUAAUGGGCAAAACGUCUCUCAGGUCCCGGGCCGAACCCCCCUUCACCCACCUCAGGCCCCAUCUCGACCUGUUGAGCAAAUGAGGGAGUUGAUACACAAAUAUGGGCAGCCUGGAACCAAUGCUGCUUCAGGGAAUUUUCAUGACAGAAAAGGUCUUAGGGUUGCAACUCAGCCAUGGGAGGAUGAGGAUGACGACAUUCCAGAGUGGCAACCCCAUACCCAAACCCAACCCCAACCCCAACCCCAAUCCCAACCCCAGACCCCAAAACUGCAGGGCCUGCCCCCUCCAAUGCCUCAACCAACACCAGCAGCGCCGAUUCAUAGCUUCCAGCAGCCGAUGCCGCCGCUGCACCUGUUAAAUCAACCUCAUUUGGGAGUACUGCCACCCCUGCAGCCGCCCAUGAAUGUCAUACCUAGCACAUGGAGUGCACCAUCUACGGGCCCCCAUGGCCUCCCCACACAGGGCGCCGCCCUGCAACCUAUUAAUGUAGGUAUUCAAUCCAAUACAGGACAGUUUUUUGGCAUCCCCCCGAGCGCAGAGUGGAGACAGGGUGCCCCUAGGAGUAGAGGUCUUUAAUUUCCUGCCCUGUAAAUGCAAUGCUUGUUUUGUAAUUUUUGUGCUUGUACAUGGCCUCUUUAGAUUUUGCAGUUUCCGAAUCAAACAAGUAAUCUCUGUUUUAUCUUCUCUGCUUUGUUGGGAAAUGAAGAAAAGCCAGUUCAAUGCCCUAACGAAGGGCUAUGUGCACUCUCAACCAUGGCCUGGCAUUGAAGUUUAAAUACGGACGUUCUUAUUUAUGGGAAACUCUGAAUCUAGAGACGGUGCAUGAUUACUCUAAUAACCAAAAACACCUUACUUGCAAUUUUCCAAAA